AUGAACGAUAUUGACCUCGAGCCCGAGCUCGAGCUUUCAGUAUUGAACCCCCACCCCGAGAGGGUCCCAGGACCUCGCCUUCUUCACCAGCUCGUGAAGUGUACAUCAUACACCACGCCACCGGCGAUUCACUACCUGGAUAGCCAUGGAAAGGAGUCGUUACUAUCGUAUUCGCAGCUGCACCACGCGGCUGAUAAGCUGGCCAGCCGGGUCGUUUGUUCCGUCGAGAAGGCAUCGGCAUCAGAAGAUUUUGUGGUGCCGCUUCUCGUUCCUCAGUCUCCUCAUCUUUAUAUUGCCAUUCUCGCCAUCCUUAAAGCCGGCGGCGCCUUCUGCCCUUUGAAUCUAGACGCCCCUCCCGAGAGAGUGAGAUUCAUCCUUCAAGAUGUAUCGGCAAAGGUAGUGAUUGUCAGCCGAGACAUGGUUUCGAAGAUCCCAGCAGAUGAGCCAGACAGAGUCGUCUUAAUAGUGGACGAAGAUGAAGUAGAGAAGUCGGCUUCAUCAACACAUGGUUCAUUCCGCGAUCCUGAGCCGCGCAGCCUGGCCUAUGUUAUGUAUACAUCUGGGUCCACCGGCACACCAAAAGGCGUUGGUGUCUCACAUGAUGCUGCAGCUCAGAGCCUCCUCGCCCACGACCGACAUAUUCCGCCAUUCAAGCGCUUCCUCCAGUUCGCCUCACCGACAUUCGAUGUAUCAGUGUUCGAAAUAUUCUUUCCUCUGUUCCGUGGAUCCACGCUAGUCGCUUGCGAUCGCGGUCGUAUGCUCAAUGACUUGCCAGCUGUCAUAAGGACGUUGCAAGUUGACGCAUGCGAAUUGACACCAACUGUUGCCGGCAGCCUUCUCCGAUCACGGAAAAAUGUUCCUUGCCUAAAUUUGCUCCUGACAAUCGGCGAGAUGUUGACCGAGUCUGUGAUUCGCGAGUUUGGCGGUACCGAGGACUCAGAGGGCAUACUGUGGGGCAUGUACGGACCUACAGAAGCUGCAAUUCAUUGUACUGUUCGACCAGAAUACCCCAGAGAUUCUUCUCCUUCGAUUAUUGGAUUUCCUUUGGACUCUGUGUCUUGUUUUGUCGCCUCGAUACCUCAAGAGGGUAAUGCGUAUGAGUUCAGGAUACUCCCACGAGGCGAGCCGGGUGAACUUGUUGUCGGAGGACACCAACUAGCCAACUGUUAUUUGAAUAGGCUGGAACAAACGCAAUCCGCAUUUCUCGACACCCCAUAUGGCCGCGUCUAUCGCACAGGAGACAAGGCCAUCAUGAAGAGCGACGGAACCCUGGAAUGUCUUGGGAGGAUAUCCGACGGUCAGGUUAAGCUGCGCGGUCAAAGAAUCGAACUAGGCGAGAUUGAGCAAGCAGCUAUGCGAACCAGAGGAUGCCACAGCGCUGUCGCCAUGGUUCUUGGAGGCAUCCUUGUUGCAUUCUGUGCCGUCGACGACACUUCAGCAACUUCAAGGGACCAAGCGGAAGAGGUCAUCAACACUUGUCGAACAUGGCUGCCAUCCUUCAUGGUACCGGGAGAUGUGGUUGUCAGGACCAGCUUCCCAAGAUUACCAUCGGGAAAAGUCGACCGAAAACAUCUCAGGAGCGAGUAUGAGACUAGACUUAUGUCACAGACUACGUCUCACACAGAACCGGCGGACCCAAUGGAGCAAGAAGUGGCAGCGAUUGUGUUCAAGUCACUAGGUGUUCCGGUUUCAGCGUCAACGCAACUUGCAUCUUCGGGUGUCGAUUCUCUGAGGGCCAUCAGGCUUGCUUCAGCGUUGCGAGAUGGCGGAUUCCAAGCGUCGGCAGCGGAUAUUCUCGGAUCUAAGACUCUAUCGGCCUUGUGCACGAUACUAAGACCAGCUUCAAAGGCAAGAUGUGACGAAGCAGGCUCCCAGAACAACGCUAUGGACCCAUCCGAGAUAAAUCUUACCCGUUUGCUCGAGUGGCAUCCAGACCUCUCGCCAGUGCUUGCUGAGACCGAACGUGUGCAGUGGUGUACCCCACUGCAGAGCUCCAUGCUUGCCGAGACUUCUAUCAACCCUCAAGCCUACUGCAACUGGAUCAAGCUUGAGUUCCCAGCCAAUAAUACGACUCAGGAUAUUGAAAAAUGGACACACCAUAUGGCAGAAAAUAACGAGGUUCUGCGGUCAGGAUUCGUAUCUCUCAACGCUGGCUUCGCACAGGUUGUGUAUCAGAGGCUGCCGCAUACUGCGGUUCAGUUGGUAGAGAACUUCAAUCACGACUUCUGCUUGGCGUCUGACGAGGACUAUUUACAUCCGUUCAGAGCCCAGAUUCGCGAGGGCAAUGCAGAAAGUGGGCCAACGCUCCUCCUACAAGUACACCACUCGCAAUACGACGGGUGGUCGGCCGACAUAUUGGUUGAAGACUAUUCCUUCUUGCUGGCCUCUCGAUUGCCAGAAACACGACCGCAAUUUCGGGAUGUCGCUAGAUUCUACGCCGAUCCCACCACCAACAUCCAGAUGGAUGAGGCUCGUAGCUUCUGGGCUGACCAUAUGCUUGGCUGGCAACGCCACAAUCUGCCACGCUUGAUGGAACGCCCCGUCGAAACCCCCCAAGCUCAGAUGGUGUCCAGGAGACUGAAUAUCCCGCAAAGGGCUCUUGACGGGGCAACCUCGCGAUUCAGUUGUCAUCCACAGGUCUUUUUCCAAGCUGGUCUUCUCUGGCUUUGGGCUGGACUGCAAGGGCAAAAUGAUGUUGUUAUUGGAUCGGUCUCGUCUGGUAGGACGAUCCCAGUGGCGAGCGUCGAGCGUGUGAUCGGUCCUUGUAUCACGACAACACCACUGAGAGUCAACCUUGCUAACCUCACGACCAUUGCUGACCUUGUUCGCGAUAUCCACUCGAAAAAUCGCCAAGUCCUCCAGCAUGGUAUUUUGCCACUCUCCGACAUCAAGAAAAUCGCAGGAGUCAACCCCGGCGAUGCACUCUUCGACAUGCUUUUUGUAUAUCAGGAGUCUCUCUACAGCCAACAACAGCGUCAAGGCCAGGUCAAAAUUGUUUCCCACAGAGACUUCUUGGAGACCAAUUGCCUUGUCGAGAUUGAACCUUCUCCCAACGGGCCGACAUGUCGACUCACCUACCGUACGAGUGCAAUUUCCGCUCAACACAUCGACAUGCUGAUGGAACAGCUUGGGUCGGUGGUUAUGCACCUUAUUUGUCAACCGGAAAACGGCAUAGCUUCUAUUGGGAAGGCUUUGCCUCGGGAGCUGACGUCGAUUUUCAAUGCCAACCCUUCGACUCUUUCGGGAAUUCCAGAUUUGGCGGCAAGCUUUGAACAAUCGGCAGACCUCACGCCCGAUUCUACAGCAAUAAGCUUCGCCAAGUCUCUGCAUCAAGAUGCAAUCGAAACAAUCUCAUUCAGCACCCUCAACUCCCUCUCCAACAGAAUUGCUCGCUAUCUACAAGAGCAAGGAGCCAAAGAAGGGGACAUUGUUGGUUUGGUAAUGGAGAAGUCGAUCGACCUAUACGCGGCGAUGCUCGGAAUCCUCAAGGCGGGCUGCGCAUAUUUGCCGCUUCUACCCACCACACCAGCAGAGAGGAUCAGAGUCAUCCUAGCUCAGGCUGAGGUCCAACUCUGUGUGGCCGACGCAAAAGUAUCAACAACCCUGGAGGGUCUAUCUAAUUCCAAGUUUAUGGACAUCCAAUCGAUCGACAUGUCUGGCUUUGCGAAUGCCAACCUGCGCCUGCCCCCAAACCCUUCUCGGCCCGCAUAUGUCAUUUACACUUCCGGAACAACAGGCACCCCGAAGGGCGUAGUUGUCACCCAAGGGAAUGUUAUGAGCAACCUCAACGUCUUGUCCAAGUUAUACCCCCACAGCAACCGUUCCCGUCUUCUGCAAGCAUGUUCACAAGCGUUUGACGUAUCCGUUUUUGAAAUUUUCUUUACUUGGAAGGUUGGUGCAUGCUUGUGUUCCGGUACCAAUGAUACCCUGUUCGAAGACUUGGAGCGCGCCAUUCGAUUCUUGGAGUGUACUCAUCUAAGCAUGACACCAACGGUGGCUUCUUUGGUUGACCCUCGCAAUGUGCCCACUGUCGAGUUUCUUGUCACUGCAGGCGAGCCCAUGACCGCAGUCGUGGCUGAAAAGUGGACAGGCUAUCUAUUUCAAGGUUACGGACCAGCAGAGACAACGAACAUCUGUACCGUCAAAAAGAUGAAGCCCGGGGACUUCAUCGACCAUCUGGGCUUCUCAUUUGAGAAUACUUCCACCUUUGUUCUCGAUUCCGCUACUACCGAUAUCGUCCCUAUCGGUUGUGUUGGUGAACUCUGUUUUGGAGGUGAUCAAGUCGCGGCGGGCUAUCUGGGCAUGCCCGAACUCACCAACGCAAAGUUUGUUGACCAUCCUCACUUUGGAAGGAUAUAUAGGUCUGGCGAUAUGGGCCGAAUGCUGCCAGAUGGCUCCCUGAUGGUACUCGGCCGAAUGGACGACCAGCUGAAACUGCGUGGACAGCGGAUUGACACGGGCGAGAUAAGCAGUGUCCUCACAACCUCUGGCCUCGCAUCUUCAAGCGCUGUUGUCAUCGUCAGCCGUGCCAACUCUUCCGCGUCGCAGUUGGCGGUCUUCUACGUGCCUGUUGGCUAUACACAACCUAAUCACAAGACUUUGGUGAUCGACGACAAACUCUCUGAAACAAACAAUACCCUUUUUGGACUCCUUCGAUCUCGGCUACCGGGUUACAUGGUGCCCACCUACUUGGUCCCCAUCAGCUCUGUACCCCUGACUUCAAGUGGUAAGAUUGACAGAGCCAAAUUGCAGUCAUCUUUCCGAGAGUUGGAUCGGCAAUACUUGGAUUGUGCGGCAGGCAGUUUACCCGAGAAUACAAACGACGAUUCAUGGUCAGAAAACGAAAAGACAAUCCGCACAGCUCUUUCUGAGGUGCUCAACGUCCCGGUGGAGGAUAUCACUCGAUGGCAGCCGUUUGCUGCUGUCGGAUUAGACUCCAUCUCGGCAAUCUCUCUCGCAAGGCGCAUUCAGAGUGUCUUGCAGCACCGAGUGCCUGUGUCGGUAGUUCUACGAGCCGGAUGCGUGGCUCGGCUGGCCCAAGAAUUGCAGCCACGAGAACUCGAAGCAGCUUCCAGUGGCGCUCUCAGGACGGCGAUGAUAUAUCCCGAAACUGUUAUUGAACAAAUCAAGGAAACCUUUUCGAAGGAGGGGAAGACAGUAUCGGCAGUUCUGCCCUGCACUCCGCUCCAAGAAGCUAUGCUCUCUUCGACAAAGAGCUCUUCUUACUCCAACCACAUGGUUUUUAAACUCCAUGUUUCUGAGGCAAAAAUGAAAGAAUACUGGGAACACAUGCAUCGUCGGCAUGGAAUCCUACGAACGUGCUUCAUCUCAACUAGAGAUGCCAAACAUGCUGUUGCCCAAGUGGUGCUCGAAUAUUUACCAAUGCCAUGGCAUGUCGUGGAAGUAGGAGGCUUGCGGGAAGCGACUGACCAACACGCGCAAAAGGUUCCAGAUGCGUUGGAUUCCAACACUCCUCCAGUAUCACUCGCUGUACUCAAGACCGAAAAGGGUGUAUACCUCUCCUUUUCGUGCCAUCAUGCACUGUACGAUGGUGUAGCGAUGGAUGCGCUACUUGCCGAGGUUGAACAACUCGCGACUGGAAAGAGCCUCGAUGCUCCAGCCGACUAUAUGCCGGUUCUUUUGGAGGUUCUCAACGCACCCGGCGGCGCAAGCGAAUUUUGGAAAAGCCAUUUCGAGAGCUUCAGGCCUACGCAACACCAGAUUUCUGCAAAGGUACCAAAUGCUGUCCACGACGAAUCGACAAAGACAAUGAAUAAGCCUCUAGAAAUCCCACUCGAUCAACUCCAUGACUUUUGCAAGACAUUGGGGGUUUCUCCACUUUCUUUAUUCCAAACAGCCUGGGCUGUCCUUCUAUCCAUUGUCUAUGGAGAGACAGACGUCUGUUUCGGUAACGUUAUGAGCGGCAGGGCGCUGUCAUUGGACGGCAUCGAUCGCCUGGUUGCUCCUUGUUUCAACACGUUACCAGUCAGGACUGAGAUAUCUCCAUCGACCCAGCUCCUAGCUUUGCUCAAGCAAUUUCACACCCUCAACCCUCAGCUGUUGGAAUAUCAAUUCACGCCCUUGCGUUCAAUCCAGACCCAAGUAUCGAAGAGCGGAAAGAAACUUUUCGACUCUCUUCUACUCCUGCAACAGCCGAGGGCAGAGCGUUUGUCCUCUGUAUGGGAGUUGCUCGAAGACAGCGGGACGAUGGAUGUACCUCUUGUUUGUGAGCUCACACCUCAUCCAUCCAAGAACAUCAUGGAUGUCACACUCCACUCAAAUGGCCAAUCUAUGACCGAAGAUGCUGUUGCCGGGCUUCUGGGCCUGUUUUUCCAGGUUGUUUCUCGGAUUAUAACACAUCCGGCAUCAAGCGUAUUGACCCGAGAAAACUUGACACCGGAGUCUCUACAGGCUCUAGACAGACUGGUUGUCGACGCCACUUUUGAUCAAGCCGACCAGCCAGAUAUAGCGGAACUUUCGGAUGAGGAAGACUGGAGUGAGAGAGAAAGCCAGAUCCGUUCAAUUGUGGCUGAGCUCUCGAAUACACCUGUAUCGAAGAUUAGAAGGAGUACUUCUAUUUUUCAGCUGGGUCUGGAUAGCAUCAACGCAGUGCAGCUCGCGGCUAUGAUGCGAGAACAAGGCCUGGAGAUGUCUGCAUUGAACGUCAUCGAGUUUCCAACCUGUGCAAAGAUGGCAAGCUGCAUCGGAACCUCGUCAAGCCAAGAGAUGGUGCAGUACGAUUUCGCCAAAUUUGAGCAAGACGUUGGGGGCCCUGCUUGGCCUGGUUGCGACAAGGUCUUGCCGUGUUCGCCGCUACAGUGUGCUAUGCUCAGCGACUUCAUUCAGUCAGGGGGCAAAGACUACCUCAACUACAUGUCUUUUGUUCUCAAGGAUGCCAUAUCACUGAAUCAGAUCAGAGACGCAUGGAAACCCCUACUCCAACACCAUGAAAUACUGAGGACUGGUUUCAUGCCAACACAGCAUCGGGACGCCUCAUUCGCAAUGGUACAAUACUCUGCGAUGGAAUUUCAGCUGCCUCUCAUAGUAUCCAAUGAUGUAGCCGAUCACUUCAACGUGGCGAAGUGGAAACUGGACACCGCUCACAAUGUCCUGCAUUCUUUGCAUCGACCCCCAUGGGCGCUAGCUCUUGAAUGUGGAACCUCGAUUACGAUGCACAUCAUCAUGCAUCACGCUCUAUACGAUGCAUACUCUCUGCAGCUGAUUCUAAAAGAUCUUUCUUUGUGUCUUUCAGGCAGACUCAUGUCAGAUCACCCUUCGAUAGAGCGAGCAGUCUCGCCAAGCCUGCAAGCUUCUGUCAAACCCGGCCAUUCCCAAGGCUUCUGGGAGCAGAAGGCUUCUGAAGUUGUGGUCAACCGCUUCCCAACAUUAACGCCUUUGACGGAAAAGUCUCCUGAUCUUCUUUCGGAGAGCAAAUUCUCCGGUACAACCUUCGCCGGCCUCACGGACAAUGCGAGGAAAGUUGGCAUCUCGAUCCAGGCAAUCUUGGAAGCAGCCUGGACCAGAGUUCUCUCGGCAUACCUCGGAGAAGAGGAUGUCGUGUUCGGCGUGGUUCUUUCUGGUCGUAUGGACGAGGAAGCCGAGAAUGCUGUCUUCCCGUGCAUCAACACGGUCCCAGUAAUCGCACACAACAAAACGUCAAAUUCAGAACUUCUCCAUCAACUCUUUGGCUAUAACAACCAGCUCGUCAAGCAUCAGGGUGCCCCACUUGCACAGAUUCAGAGAUGGCUUGGACAUCCGAACACAAGAGUGUUUGAUACGCUACUCGUGUACCAGCGGGCGCCGGAAAAUAACCUGGAUUUUCCAUGGCAAGUCUUGGCCGAUGAGGGUAACUUGGACUAUCCGGUGUCCAUGGAGGUUGAGCCGCUUUCCUGUGGGAAGAUCCAGUUGCGACUCACUUUCAGAACCGACGUCCUGCCUAGGCCCCAGGCAUUGCAUUUGUUGGAUCAGUUUGACGCUGCAAUGCAACAUCUGGCUCAGAGGCCGGACGAAAGCGCGUACGAUCUGUGGACCAGUCAUUCAUCUAUCUUUUCCAUCCUACCACCACUGGAGCCCACGAUCCCUUCCGAGGAACAGUUUUUGCACAGUUUCGUAGAGACUAAGGCCCAAGCUUGCCCAGACAAGCUUGCUUUGGAGUUCGUUACCGGUUUUGAAGGUGAAACCCCGAUAUCGAAACACUGGACUUUCCGCGAGCUCAACGAGCGGGGGAACCAAGUCGCAAAUGUUUUGGGACCUUAUGCUCAGACUGGACACACUAUUGCCAUUCAUUUUGACAAGUGCGCGGAAGCGAUCUUCUCAAUUCUCGGUAUCCUCAAAGCAGGCUGCGCGUUCUUGGCUCUUGAUCCGUCUGCUCCAAAAACGAGAAAGGAAUUCAUCCUGAAAGACUCGGGUGCGCUGGCACUGCUGACCAACACCGACAUAGACUUCGCUGUUGAGCAGCCUCACAUCCACGUGGAUGACGCUUUGCUCAAUAGUGCAUCUCCGAUCUUCACCUCUCCCAAGUCUCUGAGUGUGCAGGACAACUCAUACUGUCUUUACACCUCCGGCACUACCGGAACCCCAAAAGGAUGCGAAAUCACCCACGAGAACGCCGUGCAGGCGAUGAAAGCAUUCCAAAGACUAUUUGACGGUCACUGGAAUGAGGAUUCGAGGUGGAUGCAGUUCGCUUCGUUCCAUUUCGAUGUCUCGGUCUUGGAACAAUACUGGAGUUGGUCAGUGGGAAUACCUUUAGUUGCCGCCCCGAGGGAUCUCAUCCUCGACGACCUUGCUGGCGCAAUUCGCCGCCUCAACAUUACUCAUCUUGAUCUUACACCCAGCUUGGCACGCCUCCUUGAUCCGUCGGAGGUGCCAAGUCUAUCGAAGGGAGUAUUUAUCACAGGUGGCGAGGCUCUAAAACAAGAGAUCCUGGACGUUUGGGGACCCGUUGGCGUCAUUUACAACGCCUAUGGCCCAACCGAAGCCACUAUAGGUGUCACCAUGUACCAACGAGUUCCACAGAACGGUCGAGCUUCCAACAUUGGCAAACAAUUUGACAAUGUGGGUUCAUUUGUUCUGCUACCGGGCACAGACAUUCCCGUCAUGAAGGGCGCCGUUGGUGAGCUCUGUGUGUCUGGAAAGCUGGUUGGUAAAGGAUACCUUAACCGGCCCGAGUUGACUCAAGAACGGUUUCCGUUCCUUGAGGGAUUUUGCGAGCGUGUUUACCGCACUGGUGAUCUUGUCAGGCUGUUGCAUGACGGAUGCUUUGACUUUCUUGGACGUGCCGACGAUCAGGUCAAACUGAGAGGACAACGUCUCGAGAUUGGAGAGAUCAAUCACUCUAUCCGCACACGUGUUUCCGAGGUCAGCGACGUCGCUACCUUGGUGACAAAGCAUGGAAGCUUGGACAAGGACCUGCUCGUAACCUUCGUCAGCUGCGAUUCAAAAACUGCUUCGAAGGGGGAGCUCCGAGUUCUCAACGAAGAAAAUACAGCCCGCCUUGUCCGGUCUGUUCAGAAGGCAUGCCGAGACACACUACCCGGGUACAUGGUGCCAUCCUAUAUCUUCCAGGUUCCUUUCAUUCCUCUUUCUCCCAACAACAAGGCGGAUAUCAAGCAGCUGAACCAGCUUUUCCGUAGUCUUACGCCCGAAAAGCUGGUCCGACUUUCGCCAUCAUCAAGAGCAGUUUCCGAACCUGUCAACGAGACUCAACGACGAGUUUUAUCGACCAUGCGAGAAUUUUUAGACGGAGACGCCAAUAUCUCUUUAUCUAGCAACAUCUUUGAUCUGGGAAUUGACUCCAUUUCCGCACUAAGGCUAUCCCGGUUGUUGCGUAGAAAUGGCCUGAUGGACGCGUCCCCUAAAGUCAUACUGAGAAACCCGGCUUUAGCAGACCUGGCCGAAGCCCUCCAGCAUCAUGAGUCAUCCAAAGAAAGCAAUGGUGUUCAAGAAGCACGACAGCUCAUUCAAGCUUUUGGCCACCGCUACCGGUCUCUGGCUACCAAAGAACUUGGAGUUGCCGAUGACGACGACAUCGAAUACGUCGCUCCAUGCACACCCCUUCAGGAGGGCAUGCUCUCUCGAUUUAUGUCAGAUCAGGAUGAAGGGGCUUACUUCACAGCCUUCCGACUCAAGCUUGCCCCGGAAGUAUCGAUUGCGAAGCUCAAGGAUGCUUGUGAGAGGUUGGUCCAAUCACAUGCCAUCCUUCGCACCAGCUUCAUCCAGACACCAGCAGGUUUCGCUCAGGUCGCCAUCAAAUCUACCGGCCUUUCUUGGAGGGACCUAAGGGCACAAGAUUCCACCGAUAUUGAAUCGCAGCUUUCCAAUGCGCUGCCUGACUUGAUACAAAAGAAUAGCAAGAACGUGUGCAAGCCUUUCGAGUUGAUCGUUGCUCAGGUUGACGACCAGCCUGUUCUAGUCGUUCACAUUUUCCACGCGCUCUAUGACGGCAUAAGUUUCGAGGCCAUGCUACGUUGGGUCUCAGCAGACUUUUUUGAUAGGGAACACGAGACCGCACCGUCCUUCUUCGACACCCUGUCACAUGGUCCUUUGGCUAACUACGACUCAAGCCGCCUGUUCUGGGUCGAACACCUAAGCAGUUGUUCAUUUGACACUCUACCCAGACUUCGGGUGGGCGGUGCUACGGCUGUCGUUACCAAGACGAAAACCUACUCAGCACGUAACCUAGAGACUCUGCGAAGAUCACUCAACGUCACUCUCCAAUCCGUGGUUCUUGCUUUGUGGACAUCAGUCUUCAAGAAGCAUUUCCCGGUAAACGCGGCCACUGGAGUCAUCGUAUCAGGCCGAUCCAUCGACAUGGAUCAGAUUGAGAACACCAUCGGGCCGUUAUUCAACACACUGCUGUUCUACGCCGGGAUCAAGGAAGGGGAUACAUGGCUGUCUCUGAUCCAGAAAUGUCACGAGUUCAACACCUCGGUCUUACAGUUCCAGCAUGUUCCAUUGCGGAAUAUCCAAAAAUGGUGCACAAAGUCCAGAGGUCGCCCCAUUUUUGAAAACCUCUUCGUUUUCCAGAUCGAAUCUCGCCAGUCGGCCGAGCAAUCCAGGAUGUGGUCCAUCAUGGAUGAUUACAGUAUGUCCGACUACCCGUUGGCUUUCGAAGCGUCGGCUACCCCUGACGGCCAGCUUCGUGUCCAGAUUGUUGCACACGGAGAUUUAGCCGAUGAUGUGACUUUGGAUUGUUUGUUCGAAGAGAUUGAUGAAGCCAUGGCCGACGUCACGUCGAGUGGCACGCAUUCUUUGCCUGUCACCGAGAAUCCAUCGAGACAAGCCUCGACGACGGCGUCUCCCCGAACAUCCCUGACCUCAAGACCCGAGUCCAUUGACGGCGACGCGAUUAUAGAUCAUCGCCUUGACUUGAACCCGUCGGAAUUUGACUGGACGCCGGCCGCUUUGGCUUUGAGAAAAGAAGUCGCAGCCUUGUCAGGUUCUUCUGAAGAGAGCAUCAACGAGGACAUGGCACUUCUUGCACUGGGUCUCGACAGUAUAGAUCUCGUCAAGCUAUCCGCCCGGCUCAAGCAUAUCGGCUACGAGCUCACUCUAUCUCAGCUCUUGCGGUCGCAAACUAUCGCUGAGAUGGCAAAGAUCCUGAACGAAAAGAAGCCAUCCUCGUCGGAGAUUGACAAACAACCCGAUUUUGAGCAACUCAAAUCUCGUCUCUGGAGGGCCGUUGAGAUGACAAAUUUUGACCUUCAAGGGGUGGAAGCUGUCUUGCCGCCAACCCCUCCUCAAGAGUCUAUGGUAGCUGACAUGCUGCAGUCGGACUUUGAGCAGUACUUCAAUCACGAUAUUCUGGAACUAGAUGAUGGACUGGAUGUUGUACAGUUUGAAAAGGCUUGGCAUCAAGUUAUUGAGCACUCCCCCAUCUUGCGAACAGUUUUCGUCCAAAUCGAGGAUCCCAGCCUGGAACAGACUUUUUGCCAAGUCGUCCAGCGGUCGAACCCUCUCGAAAUCUCCAAACAAGAAGCAAAAGACAUGGCCGAUGUUCAAAGUUUAGUCAACACGCAUAAAGAAAAGGCCAGAGAUGCUCAAGGGAGUGCAAAUUUGCUUCAACUUUCAGUUGUCUCAGUCGGCGGCCGGUCGCUGCUAGUACUCUCGAUCGCGCACGCUCUCUACGAUGGUUGGUCUUUGGCUCUAUUGCACCAGGAUGUUGUCUCCGCCUAUGAGAAGCAACUUGCUCCGCGUCCCCCGAAUGAGCCAUUCCUCCAAAGCCUUAUCAAGACGCCGACCGACCAGUCAAGGAAGUUCUGGUCCCAAUACCUUGCGAAUACUCACCCAUCCCUUCUACCUGAGAGAAAUUCUUCCGGUCAAUCAUCGAGGAACACAACUCACAGAACAGAGGCUAUCUCGAGUAUCACUCUUGAUCAAGCGACGUCGUUCUGCAAACACCAUGCCGUGAGCCUACAAGCUCUGGGUCAAGCCUGCUGGGCUUCAACACUCGCAACUCUGCUUCAAAUUCUCGAGGUCACAUUCGGCGUCGUCUUGGCCGGUCGAGACUCGGAACAAGCACAGAAUUUGAUGUUCCCAACCAUGAACACGGUGGCUGUGCGCUGUUUUCUCCAUGGAUCAACUACGGGGUUCUUGCAUUACCUGCAAGAGAGCAUGGGAGACAUCACAGAGUUCCAGCACUACCCUCUUCGUAAAGCCCAGAGUUUCGCGGGAGGGCGCUUGUUCAACACCCUGUUCAUACUACAAAAGAACCCUGGUUCUGAGCCUGAGAAUGCCAUCAUGAGAUCCGUUCAAGGCUCUUCAGCGACAGAGUUCGCGGUGUGCGCCGAGUUGGAAGUUACGGCGAAGAGCCUCAUCUGGCGCGUCGCAGGACAAGACGCCUUUGUGUCUGAGAAGGCGACACACCAGCUCCUCCAUCAACUUGACAGGGCGCUUCAGUGUAUCGUUGAGACGCCAGACGACAAUCUCCUUCACUUUGAGGGAGACGAUGUCUCUAUCUGCAGAUUGCCGCCGUUCCAAACUCAAAAGUCGGUUCAUCCAGCCUCGAAGACUGACCCAGCUGGCGUUUUGCACGCAAAGAAUGACGAAUGGACAAACUCUGAGAUCACCCUUCGAAGAGUGCUCUCUCAAGUUGCGGGAAUUGACAUCAAGUCCAUCGAGAAGAGCCACACCUUAUACAACUUGGGCCUGGACUCCAUUAGCGCCAUAAAGGUCUCUGCGCUUCUCCGAAAAGAAAGUCUCAACAUUGGAGUUCGCGCUCUUUUGACUUCGAGUUCAAUCAAAGAGAUGGCUCGUCAGACUCAGGUCAGCUCUGGCAUCGAAAAGGAUGUAUCCAAGCCCCUGCGGACAUCAAGCACCACCAGGCAAUUCGUGGAUGCAGUCAACAUCAGCGCACUCUUGACCAAUGCCGGACUCGCCGAGUCCGAGGUAGAUCAGAUCUUACCCCCGCUACCAAUGCAAGUAUAUAUGAUAUCGGCAUGGCAGAAUGCUCAAGGACAUGUCUUCUAUCCGGAUUUCUUCUACCGGCUCCGUGGGUCCGUUGAAAAGAGUCGUCUAGAGUCGGCUUGGGCUACUUUGGUUGACUCAGAACCGAUCUUGAGAACUUGUCUCGUAUCGACUGGGGAGAGGUCAACUCCAUUCAUGCAAAUUGUCAUCCAAACUGGAACCGAAGGGCCGUAUCGGCACAUCAUGUUCGAGGAAGAAGUGGCUACGAUGGAUGCAGAACGUUGCUGGCCGCAAGUUCAGCUUCAUGCCCGAUUGGAAGAUGACAAUACGUGGCUGCUUCGCCUGAGCCUCCAGCACUCGUUGUAUGACGGAUUCAGUCUCCCAGGUCUCCUGGGGAAACUUCUUUCAAUACUUCGAGGGGAAUCCCUUCCAACGGAUCCCAAUAUAGACGUGUGGAGGUCCUUCCUUAUGUUGCAGAAGGACGCAGACACAAAAGAGCAAAACAUGGCAUUCUGGACCAAAUACUUGGAAGGAGUUCAUCCGACGCACAUCCGGGAACAUGCAAACUCUAUAGGCGAUGUAUCUCGAGUAUCUCUCCUCGAGCGCUCCGCUGUUCAACAAGUCGCCAGGUUGCAAUCGUCUUGUGCACGAGCUGGCGUUGGCCUUCCAGCACUUUUCUUUGCUGCAAUAGCGAAGACGCUCGAGAAACUCCACGGCGAAUCAUCUGGAUCACAAUCAAAGGGGGUCGUGUUUGGCAUUUACUAUGCCAACAGAUCACUAGCGGAGAACCUAGAAGGCACAUACCCAACGCUCAAUUUGGUCCCACUCAAGGUCAUACUGCAGCACAAUUCCGACAUCUUGCAGGUCGCCAAGAAGAUCCAAGAAGACUUGCACCUCAUCUCAUCGCACUCAACCGUUGGGCUCUGGGAGGUCAAGGACUGGACUGGAGUCGAGAUUGAUUGCUUCGUUAACUUUCUCCACUUUGACAACGAGAGCACCGAAACCUUGCAACAUGGAGAUAUCGCAUUUGAGCCUAUUUCCGAAGCUCGUGUCGUUGAAGAACUCGGACAACGCUUCGGGAGCAAUGAUCAUUCAACAAAAUGUUCAACACGCUGGCUAAAGGACAACGUAGCUCGAGAUGCGUUCCCGAAUGCACUGGAUAUCGAAGCAUCAAUCAUCGCAGGGGACAUGGACAUUGGUGUGUUUGGAACCUCUGCCAAGAUUUCCAAGACGGCUGCCCACGACAUGAUUAUGCUUCUCAGAAGUUAUCUGGGGCAAUUGUAA